UCAACACUGUUGCAGUUGUAAGCCCAUUGGGAUGGCAUCGGAGCUAAUUGAUUUGUAUUUUCAACUUUUUUAGUAUGAUAGUUACACCUUGAUCUCGGGUACUUGCAGCAUGAAGUUCUACGGGCCGACAAGUCAACCGCUAGGACAUUGCUUGUAGGUUGGAGGAAACAAGAUGAUGAUACUAUUGUGUACUUGUGCAUUGCUGUUCCCGUGGAUUGCGUAACAUCACGAACACAGAGCGCACCGAGAAUAGCAAUGGAAUAUGAGAGCAGCGUAAUAGCAUAUAAUAGCAUAUUUCACAAGCACUCUGAAGCAAGACACCACCUAUUCUUGCCAUCCGUGAAGAUGGGGAAUCAAAUAACAGCACGGUUUCCACUUGUCCUUACCAUUCGGACAACACUUGUGGUCUACUUUCUGGUCUCUCUACUUCAAAUAGUCGCUGCUGGAGACGACCAUACGGCGUCGAGUAUCCUAGUCAACUUCAAUAUCGUCUGGAACUUGAUUGCUGUGUUACUUGUCACAUACCUUCCCAGUAUCGAGCAGCCAACUCAGCCACCACAAGUUGACCAUACUGAGGAGUCAGGAACAACUGACCCUGCACCGCACGCAACAGACGGCAACGAAACCCGCCCCAGGAAUAUUGCCCCUCUUAAAAAAGCACGGAGAUUUGCUCUGAUACUAUUCUUCCCUAUCAUGGACUUUGCCUUGGCCACCGCCGACCUCGUAGUGGCUCUCAAAUUUGUACACCACGACUAUCUUAUAAGUUAUGGUUAUAUUGACAAGUACCCCGAUUUGUCCCUCCGGUUGGUACCUCUGUGCGCCCUUGAAUACACUCUUGUUGUUAUGCAGUCCAUUGGACUCUGCGCUGGGUGGAUGAAGAAGCGAAAGCAGGGGUGAGGGUCGGCCAAUCCAACUUGAGAUGAUAUCAAAAUGUGAACGACACUUUGAAUGGAUCACAGGGCUAAAGGUUUCAAUUAAGACAGAGUGGGCUCUUAGAGCUACUUAAUGGUUGUACUAGCAUGUAAUGUGGUUGGGAUUUCGUAUGUAUAAUUUGGGUUGUGCAAGCAAGAGAACUUCUGAGGAGGGAACUAAACUCAACUAGCAUUGAGUAAUAAUAAGAAUAGUCAUGAUGGAACGAAU